AUGGACAUCUUAUUUGGGCGUCGCUCCGAGGCGUGGGUGCAUCAACGGUCACCCCCCGUCGUCUCCAACGCAAACUCACCAUCCUCCAAGACCGGCUCCUGGCUCUCGACCGAAAACUCCUCCACAAGCACAAGCGCGAGCACACCUUCGGACCAAGCUCCUACCAUCGCGGACUCUCUGAUACGACUCAUCCACGACUACGUAGCUGCCGUGAACGACCGCAACUGGGAUGACUUCAAAAGACUGGAAGCUUACUUCCACCCUUCUUUCACCACCGAGUGCCGAUUCACUUGCAAGCUCCAGCCCUUUCAGGAGACCAUCGACACCUUGAAGGAUCUUGUCGAGGUCUCGCCCAACUUCUACAUCAAGCUCCAUGAGGCUUCCGCCAAGCUUGACGAUCGAGAACGGACGGCAUUCGUCUUCCUUCACUCGGACUGGGUCGAUGCACCGCCGGGCCAGACCAUUAUCAGCAUGCAGGUCUUCGAGUGGAGACAUGUCGAUGGCAUGUGGCUCUGCUACAAGUCCAAUGUCAUGCGAGGGCUGGACGACAUGGUCUGA